UGAAGGUGUUGUGGGUACUUUGGCAUUGAUCUAUUUUUUAUUGACAAACAUCUGAUGUUUCUUUCACAUAAUAACAUCAACAAGCAUUUACAUAUCUGUGUAUGAGUGGCCGCCAGGGAUAAAGUUAAAGUACUUGAGUCAGAGGAAACGCUCUUUAAAUGUUUCUACAAAGGAGGCAGUCAAUGCAAACGUCAAUCUGCUGUGACAACCAAACUAUUGGAGGGAACCUGCUCCUCCCAUUUUGGGUUUACGAGCUGACGUGAACGCAUCAUCUCUCCAGCCAGCCCACGUUGACGUUACGACUACUUAGCUAACUGCUCCCAUAGACUCACAGAUGAGUUUCUCUGUCCUUAGACAUACAACCACAACAUGAGUGCGACCUGGGGUAAGUGUAAAUCCGUGCUGAUAACGGGCUCCAGCAGAGGCAUCGGGCUGCGCAUGGUGAAGGAGCUGGCGAAGAGCAGCAGCAGACCGGACACAAUCAUAGCGUCAGCCCGCAACCCGACGGGCUCCACGGAUCUACAAGAGCUCUCGAAAACCUACCCAGGUAUUCAUAUUGUGACGUUAGACGUUGAUAGUCAGCAGAGUGUGAGUUCAGCCCUGCAGGAGGUCCGCUCCAUUGUGGGAAAUGAAGGACUCGGCUGUCUGAUCAACAACGCUGCCAUCGGGAUCACCGCAGACAUGCAAACUGUGACACCUGAGGCCAUGAUGAAGAGCUUCCAGGUCAACACUGUUGCUCCUCUCUUCGUCACAAAGGCCUUCCUGCCUCUGCUGCAGACGGCUGCAGCUCAGUCUUCAGGGAUGGGGAUUCACAGAGCAGCUGUCAUCAACAUCUCCUCCAUCCUUGGCUCCAUCAAACACAACUUGGGAGAAGGUGCUACCUUCAGGAGCUAUCCCUACCGCACCUCAAAGGCUGCUCUGAACAUGGUGACCAGGUGUCUGGCUGCUGAUCUGGGGUCAGAUGGGAUCCUGUGCAUGUCUCUGCACCCUGGCUGGGUCAGGACUGACAUGGGAGGGCCUCUUGCUGAUCUGUCAGUAGAGGAGAGUGUCUCUGCUCUUCUUUCUGUCCUCUCUGAUCUGUCAGAAAAAGACCACGGAGGAUUUAAGGACUACCGUGGAGACGAUUUGCCGUGGUGAAACCAGACACCGGGUCUGUCAAUCAGAGGGCAAAUGAAGUGAUGGAUGACAUGACGGCGCCCUGAAAGUGAAGCCAACACUCUCUACUAACAGCUGAUUUCUUUGACGUGGAGGUUCUUAUCAUGUAACCAUGUAGCUCUGGGUUAAGAGAUUCGUAAGCUCCAUGUAUUUCUAUAUCUUUCCAAAGAUUUUGAAGCCUUUGAUUUCAUCCUUUGAUUUCAUAUGCAAUCCUUCAUACUCUAGAAUAAUCUGUUGGUUGUAUGUUUGAUGUAGAACAGUUUGUAGUUAUUGAUCAUUACAUGUCAAAAAGGUCAAGUUUCUUCAAGCUGUGCCUCAAGGAUCCACUCUGCCUCUUUACUGUUUUUUUUAAUUGCUGACAAUCAGUCACAAGAUUCAGAGAUUAAGUCACGGUGAAAAUAGGCAGUGUGUCAUUAUUAUGACUGACAAUCAGUGUUCAGAUGCUGAUUGUAGUUUUCAAUCAGCAUUUUGUAGUUUAUUUCAUGGCAGAAAAAACUUUCUUAUAGUAAUGUAGAAAUGUAGAAUCUGUACUCAGGGGUCUGGAUUUUAGUAUGAGAAGUGUUCUGCUCUGGUGUCAGCAGGCUUUUGUGUCUGCAGGAAAACAGUCUGUAUGGAGAGCAAAAGCAGAAGGAACACAACCCAGCGUAAUGACAUCCCAGCUCCCAUUGUUGGUAAUCUGAGGAAGAUUUAUUUAUCCCUAUAAACAGAUAUCUGCAAGAAGAGCAGCUAGAUCAGGAGGUUGUUUUUUGCAUACUCCUCGCUACUGCAUGCUGAAAAGUUUUCAGGGGUUUGUAUGGGUGUCAGAUGAAAGUGUGUGGAUUCAGAGAUUAAGGAAGUAAUACUGAAUAUAAACUGAGAAGAUGCCACUGACUUUAACCAUCAACGCAAAGUGUGUCUCUGACAUCUAGUGAACCAAAGCAUUAACUUAGUAUGUGACAGUUAAAAUACAGAUGUGAGAGCUCACAUUGUUCUCCAUAAUGAAGGCAGCACAGACAGAGGGAAAUGUCUGUUUAUGUUGGUGCUCUCCUUUAGAAUACAUCCUGUAAAGCUCAUAGCUCUACCUAACUGUGAAAUAAACCAGGUCAUGACUGAUACAUGUGUGGCUGACCUAUGCAAAAUAAAUAAAGUCGUUGUCCAGUGA